AUUAAACUAGACCAACAAUUCUGUUUGGUUCAGCAUCACUACCAUAUUAGGAGAAGGGACCAUGACAGCAUAGCUGUCACGAGAUAAGAUUUUUUUUAAAGAGUCACGGAUGAAUCCGAAAUGAGGUUUGGCUACGCAGAGAGCAUCUCGUUUUUCAUAGGUUGAUGGGAGCCAGCCUAUUUCGUCAAAGUGAAACGUGCAGAUUGUCGCGCAACCCCUCCACAAGCUUUAUUUUACGAAUGACGAAGAUACUUGCAAAGGACUGAGUUAUAGUAGUUUACCGCAUUGGGGCCGGUGGAAUCGUGGAGCGCAAGAGUCCAUUAUCACUGGUCACGACAGGCUCUAGCUUUAACAACUGGGCGGUUCCCGCGAGAAUUUUCCAACUGAAGAUUUGUUCCUCCGUUUUAUAAACUCUCCGUUGAUAGACGCAAUUUCUCUGUGAACACCUGCCGAGUUACUGAAUAUGGUGGAGGAGACAAAGCAGGUGACAGGAUACCUCCUGUUUUCCCUGUCCACUGCAGUCAUUGGCUCACUGCAGUUUGGUUACAACACAGGGGUCAUCAAUGCGCCCGAACAGAAACUGCGGGCCUUCUUCAACAGCACGUGGAUGGAGCGAUACGGCAGGCCCAUUGAACCAGGGAUGUGCACCAUCGUGUGGAGCUUCUCGGUGGCCAUCUUCAGCGUGGGCGGCAUGGUGGGCUCCUUCAGCGUUGGCGUCCUGGCGAACAGAUUCGGGAGAAAACUGUCCAUGAUCCUGGUCAACAUCCUGGCCGUGAUCGGAGGCCUCCUCAUGGGUUUCUCCACACUCUGCUCCUCCUACGAGAUGGUAAUUGCCGGGCGCCUCGUCAUCGGCCUCUUCUGCGGCCUCUUCACCGGCCUCACGCCCAUGUACGUCGGGGAGGUGUCCCCCACCCCUCUCCGAGGAGCUUUUGGCACCCUGCACCAACUGGGCGUGGUGGUGGGCAUCCUGGUGGCCCAGAUCUUUGGCUUGGAGUCUCUCCUGGGCUCGGAAAAACUGUGGCCUUUGCUGCUGGCUCUUACGGUCGUCCCGGCCGUGGUCCAGUGUAUCCUGCUGCCCUUCUGUCCAGAGAGCCCGCGCUUCCUCCUCAUCAACCAGAACAAGGAGGAGGAGGCCCGCAAAGCCCUGGUGCGUCUGCGCGGCUCUGAGGACGUGAGCAAAGACAUGCAGGAGAUGAAAGAGGAGAGUGCCAAGAUGGCCAUGGAGAAGAAAGUGACCAUCCCCGAGCUGUUCCGCAUCGCGGCCUACCGGCAGCCGCUCCUCAUCGCCGUCAUGCUACACCUCUCCCAGCAACUGUCCGGAAUCAAUGCCGUCUUCUACUAUUCAACUGGUAUUUUUGAGUCGGCCGGUGUCACCCAACCUAUUUACGCCACUAUCGGAGCAGGAGCUGUUAACACCGUCUUUACUGUGGUAUCUCUCUUCCUGGUUGAGAGGGCGGGACGAAGAACACUGCAUCUUAUCGGAUUGGCUGGAAUGGCCGUCAGUGCCCUGCUCAUGACUAUUGCUUUACUGUUGAAGGGCUAUUCGUCUCUAAGCUACCUGAGCAUCGGGGCAGUGUUUCUGUUUGUGGCCAUGUUUGAGAUGGGGCCUGGUCCUAUCCCAUGGUUCAUAGUGGCGGAGCUCUUUUCCCAAGGUCCACGACCUGCCGCCAUGGCCGUGGCCGGCUGCUGCAACUGGACAGCCAACUUCCUGGUGGGAGUAAGCUUCCCCAAACUGGAGGAGCUGUGUGGGCCGUACGUCUUCAUCAUCUUUCUGGUCUUCCUCAUCUUCUUCUUCGUCUUCACCUACUUCAAAGUCCCCGAAACCAAAGGCAAGACCUUUGAAGAGAUUGCCCGCGAUUUCGGCGGGACCCUCCCUCCCGUCGCCACUUCUGCAGAAGCUCCUCCCACUGGCAGUGGUGGAACACUCCCUGCCUCGCCCAUUAAGGAAAAGGUACCCUUGGUGGAGGCAGCCGCAGCAGAGGACAGAUCCAACUCAACUGUUCAGUAGAGCUUGUAGGACCCUGUGACGGGUCAACAGUCGGAGGUAAAAAGAAAGAUUGAAGCUUUAUUUUUGGAGGCAGACAUGUUGGCACCAACUGGUAGCUAGGAUAAAUUGGUGUUAUUUUUCUCACAUCUCUUUCUUCCACAUGUAUUGUCUUUCUAAAAGUGUAUUGGUCAAAACGUAUUGGUCAAAAGAGAGUCUUUUCAUUUUGUUGGUCCUUUUUACUGAAGGCAUCAUUAUUUGAACAGGUUGUAGAAAUGCUGAAGCUGGCCUAAUCAAACAAAAAACCUCAAUAGUGUUUCAGGUAAAGUGUUGUAGUUACGCUGAAUCAAUAGCUUAGCAUUGCACUGUUUUAUGGGUGAGGGUUUAGGAGUAGCUUUUCUUUAAAUAAAACAACAACAAUAUUCCAAAAUUAGCAUAGUUGAAAUUUAGCAGCUGAUGUUUUUGAGAAUAAAAGGAUUUACUUUUAGCAUACUCAAAAUCCACUGAUAAAGUAUCCCAUUCUAAAGGUUACAUAAUGAAGUAAGAUUACUGAUGUUUUCAUUACAGACAUUUGUAUGGUACUUCUUAAACUUGCUUUAAAAUGCCAAAAUUACUAUAAUACACUUAAUACAAAUUAAUCAAUACUUGUUCAUUUAUUCAAUGAAUCAAAAUGAAUUAUUUGAAAUAUCUACUCAUGGGAGUGAUUUUACUGCCAGCCUUUAAAAUUAAGAUGUCAUAGAAAUGCAUUAACUGUCAUAUUAGGAGAUUGAUAGAUGUUUAAAAUUAAAAAGGGUAAAACAUAACAUUUUACAAGGACAGAUCAUUUCCGUGAAGAUGGUUAUUUUAGAUGUUAUUAAGUAGAUAUGUGAGCGGCAAUGAUAUGACUGUUCUCUUACUAUCAGCAAAAUGUAGAAUAGUAUUGAAUGCCAGAGUCGAGGCAUGGAGUGAAGUUGUGACCAAAUGAAAGGAUCUGUGCAAAAUGAUAUUUAAUGACUCUGUUUUGAAUUGAUAUUCUAUACUGUGUGACACUUUGUCUGAAGACUGUGUGAACUUUGGUUAAAAAGGUUGAUUUAUUUAAAAGUUUUCUUGUAUAGAUAUAUAGUAUAUAUAGUAUAUGGAAAUGUUAUAUGAAAUUAUUUUUUAUUUGUUGUUGUGUCAAUCAGACAUAGUAAUUUGUCUCAAACAUUAUUUAUUUUGCCUAGAAAGUUAACAGGGUCAUGGCUUUUGUUACAUAUUAUAUAGGAUACUGUGGAAAUACUGUAUGUAUGUGUUGCACUGGGAAAAGACAUUCCUUUGAUGGUAGUAUUCGUAUUGUAUUUGACCUCUCCUUCAAGGACAACAUUUUCUUCCAAAGCAACAUUCCCUCACUAUUGUUAACAAAUGUGGAACAGUACUAACUAAACCAUGCCCAGUUACCUUAUGCACAUUCACUUACUGUACAAAGUUCGGAGAGUAUUUAUUUGUAAAUAUGUCUUUUUUUAAUGAAUUUCUAUAUGUUGACUACAGUGGUCGACCGUGCGCUUGUUCUCGCUUCUAGGGUGCCAAUUGUCCAAUGAGUGAAAGAGGAAUUAAAGAAAACAACACGUUUCUAUAGUUCCUGUAAUUAUUCCUAAUACAAAUAAGCAUUGAGACACAUUGCUAUGUUAACUGUGGGAUUAAAAUACCCAUUUAAUGUCUUAUAUGUCUAAAUGUACACUGUAAUAGAGAAAACCCAUGUCCUGACCACAUAACACUAUCAAUGUCAUUUUACAUUUAUAGUGUCCACUGUCUUCGUAGUGUGCUUAAAGAAUGUUUUAUUUUUGUCAAUGACACUUGUGUCCCCGUUUGUCACAGAUGUAUUCAAUUUUACCACAGAAAAUAGUGUUGAUAUGAAAUGUCUGAAAUGUUUUGUUUUUAUCCUUCCUGCUGCUGUGGUUUUCAGUUGUUUAUCCUGGCCUGUCUAUUUGCUUCGGAGUGAUUGUGUUUGUGUGUUGUAUCUCUGCUUGUGCCUCAUAUUUAGAACCUUACAUCUGAUGUGUAGGCUUAUGUGUGUUUACACAUUCUUCCUGGUUCCAAAGUAUUGUACUCUUUUACUCUACUAGGCACCAAAGGACAUUUAAGAAAGCUCUAUACAUCUGCUCCAUUUGAAAUUAAAACAUAUCAAAUGA